AUGUCCACAACUUCCGUCGAAUCCUCUUUACCAAACCUAAAGGUAUCUUCUGCUGCUAAGUUUGAUCUUCCCUUUGGUGUCCCCUCUGAUCCAAAUCUAAUCUACAAGACCAUCUAUACAACCGCCCACUCUUUGAUUUCUCAAACAAACUACGCUCUUUCUGACAAUAUUUUCACUUUUGAAAAUUUAGGUCCUUCAUCAAAUACCAAUAUCGACUCUUCCUUACAUCUUUGGAGCGUUUUUGCUAGAAAAAAUGCAAAUGAUAAUAUCCCAACUGUUACUCAACUUGAAACAAGACCUGGUGCUUUAUCUACUGUUUUAGGGUUUUUAUCUGACGACUCUUCAUCUCCCAUUCCAAUUUUUGCUUCUGGUGCAACUUUACCUCAAAUCCAAUCAACUUUAUUCAACCUUUAUAUUAACUCAAACACCCAAAACAUUAUCGGUCUGUUGCCAUUUUCAUUCAACAUUAACACCUUAGACUACGAUUUUGAUUCAAACCGUUUUACCUCAAAUUAUGUUACUCCCUUAAAUGUUGCUAAAAAUUUAAACUUCAAUGUUGUCACUCCAUUAUCACACUCUGUAGAAUUACAACAUUUAUCCUUACUCUCCUUGGCUUUGGCUAAACAUGAACCGUCGGUUUUUCUUUAUGACGGUCUUUCAUCCUUCAGAGAAAGUAUUUCUUUUGAUGACAUUUUAAAUCCACUUCAACUCUCCAACGUUUUUAAAAGGUUAACAUACUCCUUAAAUUCUCGUUUAUUCGAAUCUUCCAAAAACAAAUUCUUCUUUGCUUUAGAUUCCUUAAACGAAAUUUUAAGCACAAAUUACAAACCCUUUGAAUAUUACGGUCAUAAAAACCCUUCAAAGGUUUUUGUCACUUAUGGAACUUCAGAAUCAGAAUCAUUCAAACCAGUUAUUACCACUUUAUCAUCCAUUUUUAAUUUGCCAAUUAGUUUAAUUUCCGUCAGAAUUCCAUUACCUUUCAAAUCCGAUGAUUUUGUCUCAUUAAUUCCAAAAUCUACAAAAUCAAUUGUUCUUCUCAAUCAAAUCUUGCCUGAUCAAUCAUCCCAAAGUAUUUUAAAAUCAAAUAUUUCAAUUGCGCUAUUCUAUCAUGGCUCAGCCUUAAAAGUCAAUGAAGUUAUCAAUCACAAUUACUCUCCAGAUUUCACCUGGUCAGUGAAAACUGCUCAAAAUAUUGUUCAUGGCUAUUUUUCGAAUCCCGAAGUCUUUGCAGUUCUACCUUAUUUAUCAAGAAACAAUGACUAUAAAUUAUCCGGUAAAUAUCUUUUCUAUUAUCCAGAUAAUGCUUCUAUUAUCGACGUCCCCUCAAGGCUUGCUCAUACGUUCUCUCUUGACAAAUCCUCUGUUUUUUUCAAAUCAAAGUUGGAUAAUAUUACUCAUUUUGGUAUUUUAGAGUUCCAGUUAUCUAUCAAUUCAAAUGUUAAUGGCGAGGUUGAUAAUGCUGAUUUGGCAAUUGUUGAAAAUCUCGAGUUUUUUAGUCACUCUUAUAAUAUUCUAUCCAAUAUAAAAAGUGGUGGAACUAUAUUAAUUUCUUCUACUUGUGAAAAGUCCAAUGAUUUUGACGCUUAUUUGAAUGAAAUUUUAUCUCCUUCUUUUAAAAAAACUGUUGUUGAAAGAGACAUUGAAAUUGUUAAGAUCGAUGUCAAUGCAGUAGGUGAAAUCUUAGAAACUCAUGGAAGAACUAAAUCUAUUAUUCAUCAAGUUGCCUUUUUGAAAUACGCUAAUCCUGAAAUAACUGUCGAUGAGAUUGUUAGAAAUUUAUGGCAGUCCUUUGGGUCUGAUGUUGAAUUGUUGGCUUCUGUUUUAUCUUCAGUUGUUCUGAGAAUUUUUCAAUUUGGACUUAAAAAAUUUAAAAUUCCAGUUCAACAAUGGAGAGAACUUAAAAGUUUAGAUUCUGAUAUAAAUGUUUUAUCUUUACCAUAUUCAAUCAGACAAACUUCGUUUGUCCGAAGUCCAAGAGAAAGUGUUAUUUUAGAUAACGGGCCAUUAUUUACACCUCCAGUUUCUGUUCCCAAACUACUAUCAUUCAAGGAGUCCUAUGAUGUUAAGCUAGACUUGAGACCUGACUUACAAACAACUAAAAACUUUAUUGUUAAAGUCAGAGAAAAUAAGAGAUUAACUCCACUGAAUUAUUCAAGAAACAUUUUUCAUAUUGAUUUUGAUAUCACUGGUACUGGUUUGAAGUAUGAAAUUGGUGAAUCUUUAGGUAUCCAUGGUAAAAACAAUGAAAAUGAUGUCAAUGAGUUUUUACAAAUAUUUGGAAUUGAUCCAGAUCAAUUAGUGGAUAUUCCAUCAAAAAGUGAUCCAGCACAAAUUGAAGUUAGAACUGCUUUCCAAGUAUUUUCAGAAAAUAUUGACAUAGCUGGCAAACCUCCAAAAAGAUUCUAUGAGUCGUUGGCUAUUUUUGCUGCAGAUGAGCAAGAAAAGAAGAAAUUGGAAUUCCUUGCUUCAGCAGGCGGUGCUACCGAAUUGAAGAAAAUCCAAGAAGAAGAUUAUUACACAUAUACUGAUGUUUUUGAAAAAUUCAAAUCUGCCAGGCCAGCUCUUACAGACUUGGUCAAAAUUAUUGAGCCCUUAAAGAGAAGAGAAUAUUCUAUCGCUUCUUCUCAAAAGAUGCAUCCAAACUCAGUGCAUUUAUUAAUUGUUGUUGUUGAUUGGGUUGAUAAGAGAGGUCGUAAGAGAUUUGGACAAUGUUCUAAGUAUAUAUCUGAUUUAAAAGUUGGUUCUGAAUUGGUUGUGUCUGUUAAGCCAUCAGUUAUGAAAUUACCACCAUUGACUACUCAACCUAUUGUUAUGUCUGGUCUUGGUACUGGUUUGGCUCCAUUUAAGGCCUUUGUUGAAGAGAAAUUAUGGCAAAAAUCACAAGGCUAUGAAAUUGGCGAAAUUUACUUGUAUCUUGGUUCUAGACAUCGAAAAGAAGAAUAUCUUUAUGGUGAAUUAUGGGAAGCUUGCAAAGACGCUGGUAUUAUUACUCAUAUUGGUGCAGCAUUUUCUAGAGAUCAACCUAAUAAGAUUUAUAUUCAGGAUAGAAUUAGGGAAUCUAUUGAAGAUUUGAAAACUGCAAUUGUCACUAAGAAUGGUUCAUUCUACUUAUGUGGUCCUACAUGGCCAGUUCCUGAUAUCACUGCAGCUUUGGAGGACAUUGUUUCUCUUGCGGCUAGAGAGAAUAACAAAACUGUUGAUCCUGUGGAAGCUGUUGAAGAGAUGAAAGAAGCUGGUCGUUAUGUUCUUGAAGUUUACUAG